CAACCUUGCUUGUUGUGUGCGCGAGUGAGAGGACAGCAAGAAGGCGUUACAAGCAAAAGCAAGGCAACAAGGCGGGCACAACUGACUUCGUCAUCGCUUGCUGAGGGUGUUGUUGUUGUUGUUUUGGUUUGAUUGUUGUGUCUGGCACCACAGCGGAGGAGGCGAGCAGUGCAAAAGGGAACGGUCACUGACGCCAUGACGGAUGCCAUGACGGAUGGGAUGAGGAAUGGGGUGAAGGGUGAGGUGAAGGGUGGGAUGGCAGACUUAAACAGUGCAAACGAGUCCUUGGACAAGGACGAGAGCUUCGGCAUUGAUCUUGACUUGGACCUGACGCAGAGCCUUUCCGCGAGCAUGCUCUUGGGGAUCAAACAAGUCAUGCUCGCCGCCCUUGCGGGCUCAACCCCUUUUGACAUCCACGCCGCUGCGGCACUGGGAGACUGCGAUGGCGUGCAGGCGGCAUUGCAGGAGGAUAAGACGGCCGUAUCGAAACGCAAUUGGUGCGGAUGGACCCCUCUCAUCUACGCAGCGCACAUGGGACACGACUCCAUUGUCGACAUCCUUCUCGACCACGGCGCAUCGCCGAAUGAGACCACAGCCGAUGGCAAAGACUCCGCCCUCCUGCAGGCCGCAUCCAUGGGCAAGGAAAGCGUCAUUGACACCCUCCUGCAGCGCGGCGCUGAUGUGAACGAAUCACUGGCGUGUGGAAAGACGCCGCUCUACGUGGCCGCAGCCAACGGGCAGACGCAUGUGGUGAAGCAGUUGAUUGAGCGCGGUGCAGAUGUGCACUCGGUUGAGACGACGACGGGCAACACCCCGCUCCUCGCCGCCAUUCACGAGGGCAGCGCCGGGUCUGUGCGGGCACUUCUCGAUGCGGGCGCCGACAUCACCGUCAGAAACAACAAAGGAUUUGCAUGUGAAGAAGCGGCACAGAAGUCGCCGCAACCAGACGUCACCAUCAUGAACUUAAUCAAGAUGAAGGCCAACAACACCAGCAACGACGGGCCAAUGCGCAGCGAAGCAGCGCUGGUGUCAAGUCCGCUGCCGUCGUCACCGCCGCGUUCUCGCGCAUCCUCACACACGCGCACACGCAAGACCCCGCCCAAGCAGCCCAGUGGGCGCCAGCGAGCGGCGGAGCUGAAUCUCGGCCUUGGAGACGUGCGCGAUGUGCACGAACUACUCAAGUGCCUGAAUCUGGAAAAGUACAUUCCUGUGUUUGACAAGGCGGAGGUGGACUUCAAGCUGCUGCUAAACAUGUCCGAGCACGACCUGAAGGAGAUUGGCAUUGCCGUCUUUGGGCCCAGAAGGAAAAUCUACAACGCUGUUCAGCGGCUCAAAGCGAAAUCCACGACGCCCACGAAUCACACCAACAGCGGCUCCUCCAACACGUCCAACGCCACCAUCACCGCACAACCCACGACAACAGCCACCACAGCAGCCGCUGCGACUGCAAGAACAACAACCAUAACACCACCGCUGUCAUUCCGGGCACAGAAGCAGUCGCCCUCCCUCUCAGUGGCGCGAGCAAACGCCAGCCCGCCCAAGUUGUACAUCCCGACGGUGCCGUCGUCACCGUCAGCGCGAUCUGCGGCCAAUGCGUCAACAACAGCAGCAGCGCCACACGUCGCCCCACCAUCCCCAUCGCCAUUACCGGCACCGCUGUCGCCGGCGCCUCUGCCCGUGCAGAGGAUUGCGCCCCCGCGUCUGCCGUCCAUCGUGCCCCCACACGCCCAUGCACCGCGCCUCCCGUCGGCUUCACGACGACAGCGCUCACCAGCGCACCACCAACAACACCACCAACAGCACCAGCACCGCCAACAACAUCAGCAUCAGCAUCAGCAGUACCAGUACCAUGCGACCCGUCACCAGCAACAGCCACAACAGGGCGUGCCGCUCUCACCCACAUCCACAACACAGCCUGUACAACAACAGUUCACCUACCACCAGCAGCAGCAGCAGCAGCAGCAUCAGUCUUAUGCACAGCCACAGCAACAUACCGUGCCGAGGGCGCAGCCAUGGCACCCAACAUCACCAAACAACGUCGUGCCGUUGUCGUCUUCGUCGUCGGUUGCGUCGCCACAGCACCACCACUCGCGCCGCCACCCGCACCACCAGCAGCGCUCACACGUGUCCACGCAGCACAACCGCUUCUCCUCAUCGCCGCCAGCAUCGCCCCGCCAGCGCGCAGCAACAGCGACCGCCACCACCACAACAGCUGCUGUUGGGGAAGGGAUGCGAGCAGCACGCCCGCGUGUGGCAUCAGCAUCAUCCUCAUCCUCAUCAGCGGCAACAACAGCACGUGGUGGGGGCGGUGCCGGUGGUGGUGGUGGUGCACUGAAGCAAACGAUGGCACGGCUGACAAUUGUUCCUGGCGGAAAACCGACACGGAAGGCACGGUCUGCAGGGCGAACGUCUCCGGCAUCUACGGCGUGAAGGAACGCGGAAAGAGGGUGAUGGUGCAUGUGCGUGGAUGAAGGGGAGAUAAUGUGUUUGUUUUGUGUGCGGUGAUGGGUGUGUAUGUGCAUGGGUUGUGUCUUGUGCUGAUCGUUACCUCAAGUCUUUCCUUACAUCUGUUCAAUCUUCUUGUUGUGUGUUCCUUUUCGGUGCAAUUUUUUUCUUUCGUACUGUUGAAUUAUUCUUUGUUGUGCGUUGGUGUCUGAAUGUUGGACACCACACCACACGCACGUGUGCAUAUGUAUUUGAAGCACAUGUGCGUCAUUUAUUUGAUUCCUGGUGUUGUUGUUGUGCAUUUGUGCUUUUUCUUUCUGACCCCACCACCACCACCACCAUCGUCGUCAUCACGGGUGUGCACGGAGUGGCGGCUACCCAUCUCAAACCGAUUGCUGUAUUGAUGUUGUGGUUAUGCAUUUCGUGUUCGUCUUUCUGUACACAUAUACGCCGUGCAUUUCAAGAAACAACCAAUCCUAUCACAAAUACAAACGAAUGGCCGAG